AUGGAAAACUACACGAGCGAGCCCAUUGCGAUUGUUGGAAGUGCCUGUCGCUUUCCCGGAGAAUCCUCGUCACCAUCGAAGCUCUGGACUCUUCUGCGCGAGCCUCGAGAUGUUCUGGCCAAAAUUCCGCCGGUACGCUUCGAUCCCGAGGGAUUUUAUAACGAAGAUGGAGAGUACCAUGGUAGCUCCAAUGUCAAGGAAUCGUACAUGUUGACAGAGGAUCAUCGGGUGUUCGACGCCCAGUUCUUCAAGAUCAAGCCAGUCGAGGCCCACAGCAUUGAUCCUCAGCAGCGUAUUCUCAUGGAGACGGUCUAUGAGUCCAUCGAGGCUGCUGGUUUUGCCAUGGAAAAAAUGCAAGGGUCCGACACGGCGGUUUACGUUGGACUGAUGUGUGAAGAGUACAGCAACAUUGUGGCAGGCGAUGUCGACCAGCUGCCGACUUACACUGCUACAGCCACCGGCCGCAGCAUCAUGUCGAAUCGCAUUUCGUACUUCUUCGACUGGCACGGCCCCUGCAUGACCAUCGACACAGCCUGCUCGUCCAGCCUCAUCGCUGUUCACCAAGCCGUUGAAACUCUUCGCAAUGGCACCUCUCGGGUGGCAAUCGCUGCUGGCGCAAACCUGCUUUUAAGUCCUAUGGGAUAUAUCACGGAGAGCAAGCUUCAUAUGCUUUCGCCAGGCAGUCGAUCGCGCAUGUGGGACGCUGAUGCCGACGGCUACGCGCGGGGCGACGGUGUUGCUGCAGUAGUGCUGAAGAAGCUGAGCGAUGCCAUUCGUGAUGGCGACCAUAUUGAAUCCAUCAUUCGAGACACUGGCGUCAACCAAGACGGUCGUACCACAGGUAUUACUAUGCCAAGCAGCACGGCACAGGAGGCUCUCAUUAGACGUACCUAUUCCAAAGCCGGUCUCGAUCUCACCGAUCCGUUCGAGCGAUGCCAAUACUUUGAAGCUCAUGGCACCGGCACACCUGCUGGAGACCCCAUCGAAGCUUCGGCUAUCCAGAAGGCAUUUUUCGGAGCUGACAACACUAGCGUCGAUUCCAACGACAUUCUCUACGUAGGGUCUAUCAAGACUGUCAUUGGACACACUGAGGGAACCGCCGGUAUUGCCGCACUCAUGAAAGCCUCGCUUGCAAUCCAACACUCUAUUAUUCCUCCAAACAUGCUUUUCAACAGGCUCAGUCCGGCCGUGGAGCCCUUCUACAAGCAUCUUGAGAUAGCUACGGCAGCUCGGUCUUGGCCAGAGCUUCCAGAAGGUAUUCCUCGACGAGCAAGUGUCAACAGCUUCGGGUUCGGCGGGACCAAUGCACACGCAAUCGUUGAGCAGUAUGUUCCUGGUAUCUGGGAUCAACCUCAGCGGUCACUUCGGUCAGCUCCGUCUUUCCUCCCAAUCUGUCUCUCCGCUGCGUCAGAGAAGGCUCUGUUCGAACAGGCGCGUCGCCUCUCCGUUUGGCUCGAAAACAACUCCGAAGUCAGUCUGACGGAUCUCGCCUGGACCCUCGCCACCCGCCGCAGCAAGUUCCAGCACCGCUGGUUCUUCUCUGCGUGCAGCGUUGCACAGCUUAGGGCCAAGAUUGACAAAAGGCUCGGAUCCACCUACGAGCCCAUCAACCUGCUGCCUUCGCUGAAGCCCAAGAUCCUUGGCAUCUUUACAGGUCAAGGAGCACAGUGGGCGGCUAUGGGACGAUCUCUCAUUAUUGGCUCCAACUUUGUCUCCAAGAUUGUCGACUGUCUGGAGGUUAGCCUGAGUCUCCUUCCGGAUGCACCUACGUGGUCAUUGAGGGAGGAGCUUCUCGUUGGAGCGGACAAGUCUCGUAUCGCCCAGGCAGCACUCUCGCAGCCUCUGUGCACGGCUGUCCAGGUUAUUCUAGUUGAGAUGCUUAAAGCAUCGGGCAUCGGCUUCGAGGCCGUUGUUGGCCACUCUUCGGGCGAGAUCGGUGCUGCGUACGCCGCCGGCUUGAUCUGCGCAGAAGAUGCUAUUCGUAUCGCCUACUACCGUGGUCUUCAUUCAAGCCUCGCAAAAGGAACCAAAGGUCAGAAGGGUGCCAUGCUAGCUGUCGGAACGUCUGUUGAGGAUGCUCAGGAGUUCUGCGCAUUCGAGGAGAUGCAAGGUCGCAUCUGCGUCGCCGCCUGCAACUCGUCCUCCAGCGUUACCUUGUCUGGAGACUCGGACGCUGUGAAAGAAGCGGAGUCUAUCCUACAAGACGAGGGCAGGUUUGUGCGACUCCUUCGCGUGGACACCGCAUACCACUCGCAUCAUAUGCUCCCGCCGGCCGGGCCGUACGUGGAAUCGAUGCGUAGCUGCCAUGUUCGGGUUCUCGACGACCGGAAAGGCGAAGGUCUGGUUUGCUCUUGGUUCUCAAGUGUCCGGGAGGAUCAAGAGGAAAUGAAAUUUCAAUCCGAAGGUCUUGAUGGCGAAUACUGGCGAGAUAAUAUGGUCAAGCCGGUUCUGUUUGCGCAAGCUCUCAAAAAGGCUAUCGACACCAAGGGCCCCUUUGACCUGGCUUUUGAGGUCGGGCCUCAUCCGGCUCUUCAAGGUCCAGCUCUACAGACCAUCCAGGAAGUCCAGGGUAACCGUAUCCCGUACACUGGCGUUCUCUCGCGCGGCGUCGAUGAUGUGGAAUCGUUCGCCGACGCACUUGGAUAUCUCUGGAGCCAUCUCUCUCCCAACAGCGAUUUACUUCAGCUCGAGUCGUUUGAUGCUACAAUGUCAGGGGAACAGCAGCCCAACGUUAUCAAGAACCUCCCUCCUUACGCAUUUGACCAUGACCGCGUCUACUGGAGAGAGUCCCGGUUGGUCAAAGCCACCAGAACUCGCAAGACGCCUUACCACGAUCUUCUGGGUGUCUGCUGUCCCGAUGGAACCGACCCGACACUCCUCCGUUGGAAGAACCUCCUCUCACCCAAGGAGAUUCCCUGGCUCGGAGGUCAUAUGGUACAAGGACAAAUCAUUUUUCCAGCAGCAGGUUACCUCUCAAUGGCUAUCGAUGCGUGCCGUAUCCUGGUGGCCCGUCGGGGUGAGACUCUUGCCAUUAAGGGUAUGGACAUUCUUGACUUUGUCAUUGGAAAGGGCAUCAUCUUCGAUGAUCGCAGCCUGGGUGUUGAGACCCUGCUCACCUUGACCCUUGAUGAGGAGUACGACGAAAAUGCUAGAUCAAUCAACGGCACGAUUCGCUUCUACGCCGGUCUGGCCAACUCAGAUGUCUCUUCUCUACCACUUCGCUGCUCAUGUCGCGUGCAUCUCAAUCUCGAGGAUGGGGCACUGAUCAGCGAUAUUGUUGAGGGAAGCACGUCGUUGCCACUUCUUCCCCCCCGCUCGGAGCAGCUCGUCAACGGCGUAAACGUGGACGCGAAACAGUUCUAUGCCAAUCUCGCUGAAGUUGGCUACGAGUAUUCAGGGCUCUUUCAGGGACUGUCAGAGCUCAAGCGUACCCUUGACGCCGGCACGGGUGUCAUCGCAAACCCUGCUCGCCAAGAUCCCCUCCGGUCUCCCACUGUCCAUCCUGCCAUGAUCGACUGUACCAUUCAGGCCGUGUUGCUCGCGUUUUGCUUCCCUGGAGACGGAAAGCUGUAUGCACUGCACGUGCCGACAAAAAUACGCCGCGUCUCCAUCGAUCUCCCGCUUCUAGAGAGGGAAACUCUUGGGGCCGGUCAGCUCCCAGUAGACUCCAUUGUUGAUUCGAAUGGCACGGUAAGCGGAGACGCACACUUGUUUGCGAAGGAUGGUGAAACCGCCAUGAUUCAAAUGCACGGCAUCGAAGUUGUGCCUCUGACGCCACCAACGCCAGAGCAAGACGCGCAGCUUUUCUGGGCGUAUGAACUGGGCGUAGCUCAACCGGACGGUAACCUCAUGGUCAAGGGCCGCCGAGCGACAGAUGCAGACUACGAACUUGCCGAGGUCGCGGAAAGAAUUUGCUAUCACUAUUUGAAGAAUCUGCUGGCCGAGCUGACGCCAGAGGACAUUGAAAAGUCGGCGUGGCACCACAAGCGUCUGGUCAACUUUGCUCGCAAGACACUGGGAGAACUGCGUUCUGGUCAAGAUCCGCACACGAACCCUCAUUGGUACGACGACACAGAUGAGGACAUUGCUGCCCUUAUGUACAGAUUCAGGCACAAGGUCGAGAUGAAAUUGGUCGGCGCUGUAGGCCGAAACCUGGCAGCGGCCGUGCGGGGCGAGACGUCUAUUCUCGAGCACAUGAUGGAGGACAACGUUUUACACGAUUUUUAUGCCCAGUGUCUCGGUUUUGACGAGAACUCACACUUCCUGGCCGAGGCUGUCUCACAGAUCACCCAUCGCUUCCCACACAUGAACAUUAUCGAGGUGGGAGCUGGUACCGGCGGCGCUACCAAGAUUAUCAUUCCUCACCUUGGUAAUUCUUUCUCGUCCUAUACCUUUACCGAUAUCUCGGGCGGAUUCUUCCCGAAGGCUCGCGAGGUAUUUUCCAGGUUCGACGAUCGGAUGGACUUUAGAGUGCUAGACGCUGAAAAGGACGUCGUGGAGCAGGGCUUCGUGGAGCACUCGUACGAUGUGGUCGUGGCCUCCUUGGUCCUGCAUGCAACACGCGACCUGUACGAAACAAUGCGCAACGUGCGGCGUCUCCUGAAGCCCGGUGGUUACGUUGUCAUGCUUGAGCUGACCAAUGUACGUCCAAUCCGAACCACAUUCGCCAUGUCUGGGUUGCCGGGCUGGUGGCUAGGAGAUGCCCAUGAUGGCCGCGAGUUUAGUCCCUGUGUCAGCGCCAGUCACUGGAACACGGUCCUUCAGAAGACUGGUUUUUCCACCGUCGAUGCUGUUACGCCCGACCUAGACCCCGAGCCCUGGCCUUUCAAUGUUCUCGUCGCUCAGGCGCUCGACGACCGCGUCACCUCGCUCCGCAGGCCCCUUUCGGCUCCUUGCCCCGCGACGCCGGCCGCAGAGCUCAUCAUCCUUGGUGGUACCAAGCUGCAGUCUUCGUUGCUAGCUGGUGAGGUAGGACCUUUGGUUUCUCAGUGGUUCAAAGCCGUUCGACAUGUCUCCACGCCUGAGGACCUACUUCAGAUUGACAUGGCUCCGAUGUCCACCGUCCUCUCACUCACUGACCUUGACUCGCCUGUUUUCAAGGGAGUCACCGAGGACAGGUUAGAGGCAAUGAAGCGACUGAUUGAACGGUCUCGCAACGUUGUCUGGGUCACGCGAGACGCGCGCGCUGGCGGCGAUCCGUAUAUGAACAUGACCAUUGGCUGGGCGCGCACCGCCCUUGAGGAGAUGCCGCAGCUCCGACUGCAGUUCCUCGACUUCACAGACAACGCCAAGAUGAGAGCUGAACUGGUCGCACAAGAACUCUUGCGGCUCCAGAUCUUGGAGCAGUGGAGCCCAGUUGACGAUGGGUACCAAUUGCUCUGGAGCAUAGAGCCCGAAAUCGUGAUUGAAGAGGGCGACCGAAUCUUGAUUCCUCGACUCCGUGCGUCUAAGGAAAGAAACGAUCGGUAUAACUCAACGAGAAGAACAGUGCUUACUGAGGUCGACCCUCAAAGCACUAGGGUGGUCGUAGAUCGCCUCUCCGGCGGGAACUACGAGCUUCGAGAGGAGCAGCAUGCUGUGGGGCAACAUCUACUCGUUGACGGCGACGAUCGUGUUGCCAUCGAAGUCCUCCACUCCUUGCUUCUACCUCUCAAGUUGUCAGAAUCCGUGGCCUUUUAUGCCAGUGUCGGUAUGAUCAAGGGAGCGGGAAAGACUGCUCUUACACUCUCUAAAUCUCUACACUCGUCCCUGGAACUCCCCAAAAGCUGGGUCUUCCCCAUGGACGACACGGAACCGACGCCACAACUCCUUGCGAGAUUCGCAGGUGCGAUAAUUGCCAGCAGGAUUGUCGAUUUCGCCGAGUCAACUUCCGCGACCAAACUCAUUGCGCACAACAUACCGCCAUUUGUUGCUAAAGCUCUUUCCGCUCAGGCCGAGGCUGAAGGCAUCACAGUCAUCCAAACUCGGACUGGGGGUGUCGUCACUGAGGAUGCCUCUGACAUUGUGGAAAUCCACCCUCGAACUUCCGAGCUUACCUUAAGCUAUGUUCUUCCCACAGACGCACAUCUUCUCGUAGAUUUGAGUGGAGUCUCUGAUAGCUCACCAAAUAGCAACAGCAUCGGCAACAUGAUUUCUGCUGUUGUUGGGAAGAACGGUUUUACCCUUACAUCGGCCGACCUUGUCGAGACGGAUGCCAUCGAGCAGCGAACCUACAAGGCUGGCCAUUUCUCGAAACUGUCCCGAAUUUCUUCCAUCAUUUCGGAACUUUCAUUCAAACCAACGACUGGUGAUAUACCUGUCAAUAUCGUCAGCUUGUCGGAGCUUCCCACACUUUCAGCGCCAUUGUCCCUGGACACUGCUCUGACAUGGGCCGCCUCGGGUCCACAGACAAUGGUAUCAGUCAAGGCUGAGAAUGUUGACAAGAGAUUCAGCUUCCGUCCAGACCGCACCUAUCUGCUUGUUGGGUUGUCUGGACAAAUGGGCAAGUCCAUUUGCACCUGGAUGGUUAGGCACGGAGCCAAGUACGUGGUGCUGACGAGUCGACAACCGGUUGUCGAUGAGGGAUGGCUCCGAAAGGUGAAAGCCCUUGGCGGCACUGGAGUUCAGUUUAUCGCCAACGAUGUGACGGAUAAGAGCUCCGUUGCAAAGCUAGUUUCGGUCAUUCGCGAAACCAUGCCCCCGCUCGCUGGCUUUGCCAACGGAGCCAUGGUCCUUCAGGACACACCAAUCAGGGACAUGACGGCCGAGGUUCUGAAUCGCGUCCUGCGUCCCAAGGUGGACGGCAGCCGACACCUAGACGAUCUCCUGGCUGAUGAACAGCUUGAUUUCGCCAUUUUCUUCAGUUCCAUGGCUAGCGUCCUCGGCAACCAUGGCCAGAGCAACUAUACUGCAGCCAAUCUUUUCAUGAACGGUUUGGCCGCCCGCCGUCGCAGGAGGGGCCAGCCGGCGUCAGUCAUCGCCAUUGGUUCCGUCAUUGGCAUUGGUUACAUGGCUCGCGAACUGACACAGAAGGAGAUUCUACGCAUCAAAGAAAGAGGUUAUACGCCGCUGUCGGAACGCGAGGUUCACCAGCUUUUCUGCGAGGGCAUCCUAGCAGGUAGGCCCCGGUCCGAUGACAACAGCUGGGCCGCCCCAUCCCCCGAAGUUGUCUGCGGCGUGCGAAUCGCACAACCAGGCGAAGAGCGACCAAUUCGGUGGAUGGCGAACCCCAUGGUGGGCCAUGCCGUAAUCAAGAGAAUUAACAACAAGAAAGAGGAGGAUGGUUCGAGCACCACUAUGCCUGUUAAGGCCAGCCUCCUUCUUGUAAAGACAAAAGAGGCUGCCUUCGCAGUCAUCAGAGACGCUUUCGUGACUCGUCUUCAGGGAAUGCUACAGUCUGAUAGCGCCUUGGAGCUUCAUCUUGCCGCAGACGAGCUUGGAGUUGACUCCCUGGUGGCGGUAGACAUUCGUUCAUGGUUCUUGCGAGAGCUGCAGGUUGAUCUUCCGGUACUCAAGAUUCUUGGCGGCGCUUCUGUCGGUGACAUGCUGGAAUUUGCCCUGGAUAACAUGUCAAGCGACCUAAUGCCGAACGUGGAUGCCACAUCUCCCUUCAACUUGGCAAAUGUCGAGGAGAUGAAGGCAGAAGCUACAGCGCCACCACUGGCGAACGGCCAGCCUGGGAUCGACACCGAGAAGCUCGAGGUGCCGACCGGAGGACCUCCACCAGUCCUUGUGUCCUACUCUGAGGAUAGCAGCAGUGACGGUGGAAGCCGAGGAGAUUUGACAUCUUCUGCAGAAUCAAACGAAUCCGGUAUCAAUCGGGAGCUUACGCCGCUUUCCACCCCUGGGCUUGAGCUAGGGCCCAUUAUCAACGCCGACUCGAUUCACCAGCUUGAUAAGACCAGAAACGUCGCCGUUGCAGCAACUGUGGCCCGGACGGAGCCAAUGUCUUUUGGUCAAUCCAGAUUCUGGUUUCUUCAACAAUAUCUCGAAACCAAGACGGCUUUCAACAUUGCCACAACGAUGGCUAUUCAAGGGGACUUGCGUGUGCAAGACCUGGCCCGAGCUGUCCUGAAAGUUGGACAACACCACGAAUCUUUGCGAACAAAGUUCACUCUCGAUGAACAGGGCCGUCCUGUGCAAAAAGUCAUGGCCAAGUCAAAACUUGAGCUACAACACCGCACCAUCUCGGGGCCUGUAGAGGCCCAAGAAGAGUACCAGAGGAUGGUCACCCAUGUUUACUCCCUUGAGACCGGAGACACAAUGCAGAUCUCGGUCCUUUCCGACUCCACCAACGGACAACGUACACAUUACCUGACAAUUGGGUACCAUCACAUCAACAUGGAUGGUAUCAGCCUUGGUGUCCUCCUUUCUGAUCUCCACAAAGCCUACCACGGGGCUCGUCUCACACCGUCGCUCCAGUUUCCCGACUUUUCGACUCGGCAGCGCAGCCUUAUCGCCUCUGGUGAUAUGAAGACUGAGCUUGCAUUUUGGAAGGCUGAAUUCGAUACUCUGCCCCCUGUUCUCCCAGUUCUGCCUUUCAGUCUCACUAAGACCCGCCGAGCGCUUGUACAUUACGAUGCUCACAAGGUUGACGUCCGUGUCUCCGGCCGGGUUGCUGCACAGAUCAAGGACGUGGUCAAGACGCACCGAGUCUCCCCCUUCCAUGUGUACCUUGCCACUUUCCGGGCUCUUCUUUCCCGCCUGGUGGGAGCUGGCGGUGGCGAUGACUUGGUCAUUGGCAUGGCUGAUGCGAAUCGCACAGAGCGCGGGGCACAGGAGGCCAUUGGCAUGUACUUGAACCUCCUGCCGCUGCGCUUCCAAUCUUCUAUCUCCACUCAGUCCUUCGCUGCCGCUAUCAAGGAAGCUCAAUCCAAGGUUCGCAAGGCCCUUGCGCAUUCCAGGGUCCCCUUUGAUGUUCUGCUGGAGGAGCUUCAGCCGCCCCGAUCUUCCGAUGCUUCCCCUCUUUUCCAGGUUUUUAUCGACUAUCGGCAGCCCCUAGGCGACAGUUCUCGCGUCUUUGGCUGUAAAGUGGUUAGCGAAGAAUAUGUUCGCGGCGAUACAGCAUAUGACGUUGUCCUUGACAUCAUUGAUACCACUGGGGGAGACGCGCAUGUGCAGUUCACUGUUCCCAAGCUUCUCUAUUCAUCAGAAGAUGCCGGGGUUCUUUCCAGAACCUUCAUGGAUCUUCUAGAUGAGUUUACUAAACAACCUGGCGUUGGGUUGACGGAAGUACCACUAUACAGCGAGAAGGAAGUCAAGAAGUCCAUUGAACUGGGAAGAGGGCCUGCUGUUGAGGCUGAAUGGAGCUCAAUUCCCCUACGUAUCCAAGACAUCAUGGCGAUCCACGUGAACAACGUGGCCGUCCGGGAUGGUCACGGACAGUCUCUCACAUACGAUCAGCUCGGCUCCAAGGUGAAAGAUGUCGCGCAGGCUCUUUCUGAUGCCGGAGUGACGAGCGGCUCCGUUGUUACGGUCCUGCAACAACCCAGGGCAGAUUGGGCUGUAUCAGUCCUUGCUAUACUCCAGCUGGACGCCGUUUACGUGCCCCUGGACGUUCGUCUACCGUUGCAGCGCCUUGCCCUGAUCAUCAAUGACAGCAAACCCCUGGCUAUUCUAUUCCAUACCGAGACUAAAGGGGUCAUUGACUCGCUCGGAGAAGUUGGCAUCGACUUGGCCACCAAGGCAAUCAACAUAGAGGAUUAUCGUCCGGCGUUCAUUCUCUACACCAGCGGAUCGACUGAGGCAACGGUCCGGGAAUACGGCAUCAAGCCGGAGUGGACUAUUCUCCAGCAGACGGCUCACACGUUUGACCUGUCCAUGUUCCAGCUUCUCCUGGCCGUAACCAGUGGCGCGUCGCUGUACAUCGUUCCCCGGCACCUCCGUGGCGAUCCUCUGGCCCUGACACGAGUCAUCGCGGCCGAGAACAUUACAUUCACUUGCACAACGCCAUCCGAGUAUUCGAGCUGGCUGCACAGCGGUGAUCGGUCCGCUCUUCUCCAAAGUCAAUGGCAGAAAGCUGUCAGCUGUGGUGAGACGCUCACUACCGCUGUGCAAGCCGCCUUUCGGAGCCUAUCGAAACCGGAUCUGAGCGUUAUCAACGCUUAUGGCCCUUGUGAGGUGACAUUCGUGUCCCAUGGUAUUGAGCUGGAUUACAUGAGUGAUUUGGCACAAGAAAGCGCAAUCCCCAUUGGAAAGACGUUGCCCAACUUCUCAACGUUUGUACUUGACGAGAGCCUCAGGCCGCUUCCUGUAGGCGUUAUCGGCCAGAUUGCUAUUGGGGGCGCCAGCGUUGCCCAGGGCUAUCUAGGACAACCGAAGUUGACACUGCAGUCGUUUGUCGUCAACACAUUCGCAACAGAACGCGACAUCGCCAAAGGGUGGACAACAAUGUACCUCACGGGCGACCGUGGGGCACUGCGCAGCGACGGCUCUCUGCUCUGGGCAUCGCGAAUGACAGGGCAGACGCAGAUCAAGCUACGCGGGAUGCGCUUCGACCUCCAGGAUGUCGAAGCGAACCUGAUCGCUGCGGCCAAGGGUUCCAUUGCUGAUGCUGUCGUUUCUCUUCGUGGAGGCGAAGACGGCCUCACUGAAUCCCAGUUCCUCGUGGCUCAUGUCUCCUUCGCCACGGACCGCGUGCCCCAGGAUCCCGAAGCCUUCUGCAGGAAUUUGGUCGCUGAGCUGCCACUCAGCGCUCACAUGAAACCGUCUCUUAUCGUUCCGCUGAGGGAGAUGCCGUUGACCAUCAGCUCCAAGAUUGACAGAUCUGCCAUUCAACAACUCUCCCUACCUUCUGCCCCAGCAGCAACUGAAGAGAGCGAUGUUCUCUCCACAGCACUCCACCUGCACCAUCUCUCUGAACCUGAGAGACAGAUGUAUCUCCUAUGGCAGAGUCUUCUACCGGCAGAGGUUCUCAGAUCCAAGCCAAUUGUCUCUCAAUCCGACUUCUUUGGCGCUGGAGGUGACUCUCUUCUUCUGGCCCGUCUCCAGACCGCUAUCAAGGACAAGUUCAAUAUCACCAUACCACUCAUCAAGCUUUUUGAUACCUCGACAUUGGGUGGAAUGGCCGCUCAGAUUGACGGUGCUGCGACAGUUGCUGCAAUGUCACAGUCAUCAACGCUCGUUGACUGGCAGGAACAGACGAAGCCGGCUCCAGUGCCAGUGAAUGAAGCCGACGACACUCGGGACCUGCCUGCUAUCUUCCAUGACCCCAGGGUCCAUGUGUACGAUGGUGACCUGAGUCGGCCCAAUCUGGGUCUCUCUCCUUUCAACGCGUCGGCCAUCUUCGGUCGCGCUGAUGCCGUCAUUCACAAUGCGGCCGACGUUUCGUUCCUCAAGUCGUACGCCUCACUACGACCCGUCAACGUGGAAAGCACCAAGACUAUCACAUCACUCGUGCUCCCACGCCGUACACCACUGCACUUUGUCUCUACUGCCGGUGUAGCCCAUCUCGUCCCGGCACAGAGUAGGGGCCAGCUGGGAGGCGUCGGCGAGGUUUCAGUUGCCGGUUCAACUCCUCCACAAGAUGGAUCCGACGGCUAUGUGGCAACCAAAUGGGCGGGAGAACGGUUCCUCGAGCGUACGCAGUCAUUGCUCCUAGCAGAGGAUAAAAGACCUCUCCCCCUGUGGAUUCACCGACCGAGCAGCGUCAUGGGCGAGGGUGCAUCCGAAACUGAUCUCAUGACUAACGUGCUGAAAUACAGCAUCGCCUUACAGGCGUUGCCGAUCAUAGGUGGUAGCAGCAGCAAUCCCCAGCGAGGUGCGAGCACUGAAACCUCCGAGUCAUUCCUAGACUUCGUGGACGUCGACACGGCGGCCAGGUCGGUCGUGCGGUGCGUCGUGGCUGAAGGUGGUGCUGGCUUGGCACCCGAGCAGAUCAGGUACUCCUACCAUUCCGGAGAGUACAUCAUUCCGCUGCAGGCCUUGAUGGCGGCCGAGUCAGAAGGCGACCCAAGCGUUACUGCAACGCAGGCCCAAGGACUGGUGGAUGGAUUCGGCGUUCUGCCUCUUGCUGAAUGGACUGAGAGAGCCAAGGCUGCAGGUAUGAACGACCUCGUUGUCGCUCUUCUGACGGGUGCCGUUGGAGACGCAGGAAACUCACUGCUGGAUGGGCAAAUCAUGUUUCCCAGACUUUUGAAGGGCGCGAUUUGA